AAUUAUUUUUGCUGCUCGUUUCCCUUAUUCUCACAGUUUUUCCAAACUCUAUUAGCUCAAAAAUCAGCAGACUUAAACACUCCUCAACUUCAGCAAUGGCUCGAAUUUUCUCCUACAAGCAUCUCUCUAUUGCCCCUCAAACGAACAACCAUUUUCUUCCUUCUUCCCUCUACCUCCUCCAUUCUCAAUCCCCCCUUUCCACUGACAAAGAAGUUGAAACACUUUACCGCAUCAUAACAAUAACACAAACACCAGAGGGACUAAAACAUUCACUCAAAUCAUCACAAAUCAGCUUAUCAAACGACUUAAUUGAUAGAGUUCUCAAAAGGGUACGCUUUUCUCACUCAAACCCAUUACAAGCUUAUGAGUUCUUUAAAUUUGCAGCUAAGCGUAAAGGGUUUUACCAUACUGGUUUUUCUUUAGACACCAUGUUGUAUGUACUUGGUAGGAGUCGUAAAUUUGACAAGAUUUGGGAGGUUUUAGUUGAGAUGAAGAGAAAAGAUCAAUCUUUAAUAACACCCAGAACAGUUCAAGUUGUUUUGGGUAGAGUUGCUAAGGUUUGUUCAGUUAGGCAAACUGUUGAGGCUUUUUGGGGCUUCAAAAAACUGUUGAAAGAGUUUGGUGUUGAUUGUUUUAAUGCAUUGUUGAGGGCUUUGUGUCAGGAGAAGAGCAUGAGUGAUGCAAGGAAUGUGUACCAUAGCUUGAAAUGUAAGUUUAGGCCAAAUUUGCAGACUUUUAAUAUACUUUUGUCCGGUUGGAAGUCGUCGGAGGACGCAGAAGGAUUUUUUGAUGAGAUGAGGGAUUUGGGUGUUGAUCCGGAUGUUGUUUCAUAUAAUUGUUUGGUGGAUGUGUAUUGCAAAGGGAGAGAGAUGGAGAAGGCAUUUAAGGUGGUGAAGGAGAUGAGAGAGAAGGAUAUUACUCCCGAUGUGAUAACUUAUACGAGUUUAAUUGGAGGGUUGGGGUUGGUUGGACAACCCGAUAAGGCGAGGGGUGUUUUGAAGGAUAUGAGGGAGUAUGGAUGUUACCCGGAUGUGGCAGCUUAUAAUGCUGCAAUUAGGAACUUCUGCAUUGCGAAGAGGAUUGGGGACGCAUACAGUUUGAUGGAUGAGAUGAUAAUGAAUGGCUUGAGCCCCAACGCUACUACUUAUAACGUGUUCUUAAGGUCAUUUUUUUGGGCAAAUGAUUUGAGAAGUUCGUGGAGUUUGUACCAGAGGAUGAAGGAGACUUGGUGCUUACCGAGUACACAGUCAUGUAUGUUUUUGAUCAGGUUGAUCAGGAGACAUGAUAAGGUGGAGAUGGCACUUGAGUUGUGGGAUGACAUGAUGGAGAGAGGAUUCGGCUCGUAUAUUUUGGUCUCUGAUGUUUUGUUUGAUUUGCUUUGUGAUCUGGGGAAGUUGGUGGAGGCAGAAAGAUGUUUCUUGCAAAUGGUGGAUAAAGGGCAAAAGCCAAGUAAUGUUUCUUUUAGGAGGAUCAAGGUGCUUAUGGAAUUGGCUAAUAAACAAGAGGCUCUUAAGGUUUUGUCAGAAAAGAUGGCUUCGUUUGGUUCCUCCACCCAACUGAUCCAAGAUGAUAAAGCAGAAUAUGAACAAUCAAGUUCUGACUUUGCAACCUGCUGAAUGCUGAUAUUAUUCCUGUACGUUACUAAUGGUCCAAUGAGUUCUUCGGUCCUUGAUUCGAUGCGUUGGUUGAAUUAUGUAGAGGUGGACUCUUCAAUUAAUGGACCUUUCACUGUAAGCCUCUAAUCCAGAACUCGACAAAUGAGGAUAAUGUCGCUUGAAGGAGUCAAGUCAUGAAGAGCAUACACACGAGUUGAAUGAUACACCCCAAAGAAGUAGUUCAAGUAGAAGAUGCAUCAAGUCAGAUGAAAGGAGUUAUUGAAUCAUCAUAAAAUAGAAGAAUGAUUUAGAUGAAGACAAAGACAAGACAGCAAGAAGAAAGAACUGAACGAGGAAGAUUCAGUCAGACAAGUGUGCAAGUGUAAAUAGUGCACCAAUUAUUGAGUGAGGUAUCAAGUUUCAAAAGAAGGUUAUCACAAGAAGGGAAUUAAUUGAAGAUUUGAAGCCAUUAGGAUGAAAAAGCACGGUGCAGGAAUUAAGGACUUUGUCAGAUUUUGAACAAGAAAGUUACCCAGACAAGCAUGCUGAGGAAUUUACAAUAGCAAGUGAAGGACAACAUUCACAGGUAAAUAUUCUUAGCCUUGCAUUAUCUAUGCUCUUGAAAAAGCUAUUUGGUGCAUUGAAGAGUAGAGACUGAAAAAGGAAAAGCUUGUACUGUGAAGGGCUGCUAUAUUUGUGGUGAGCAAGCUGAAAAACCACUUUUAUUCUUUUGUUGGUGAGCGAGAAAAAAUUAACCUUGUAAGCCUUUUGUGGGGAUCAAGAUAACUAUAGUUUUGUGGUAAUCAUACUCGUUACUUGUAACUGAGCAAAAUAAGAAAAGAAAGAGUGAUAGAAUCCCUUGGAAGUCAAGGAAGCUGAAUAUAGGCUAAAUGUUUGGGGUCUUUGGACAAAAGUCCAAACCAAUACAAAAACUAUGGGAAAGUGAUACGGUAUAGCCGCUCUCAAAAUAAUAGUCGAAAAAAUGUGUGUGUACAAAAGCAUAUAAACUUUAUAUAUUUUUGCGGCUACCAAAUGUAAAUAGUUCUGUUGGCAGGCUAAAAGUGAUCUUUGCCCUGCGUAUGUUCUUUCUGUUUA